CUUUGUUGGUUUGUAUGACUGAGCUGCUUCAUUGUUUUUUAACCAUUUUAAUUUAAUUCAUUUUUGUGUACUACUAUCACUGAUUGGUUUCUUGUUUCGGAUUCAUUGAUUGGAUCAGAAUCAUAAAUUUUCCCGCCGUAUAUAUAAGCAUAUAAUUGGGUGUUUUUAUUCUCCUCUGUUUUCACUGUUUGCUCUGCUUCUUCUUCUCAAUCUUUUGUAGAGACGAAAUCUAGCUUCCCAUUGAUAAAGUCUGAUUCUUUCUUCACGGAUACACUCUCUUAUGAGUAUUGGGGUCAUAUAGCUUGAUUUGAGAAGAAACGUACGUAAGAGGAUGGGAUCUCGUAUGAACUUUGUUGAUGUUGUGAGAAAUGAAGUAUUUAACGCAAAGCAACCAACUUUGGGGACUGGUCUUGCAUUGACCAGACAGAACUCGGUGUUCUCGUUGACCUUUGAUGAGUUUCAGAACUCGUGGGGUGGUGGUGGGACUGGGAUUGGCAAGGAUUUUGGGUCCAUGAACAUGGACGAGCUCUUGAAGAACAUAUGGACAGCUGAGGAAAGCCACUUCAUGAUGAACAGCGUUGACAACAAUGGGGGUUUGUCUGUUGGUGUGGGAGGAGAAACUGGUGGUUUGCAGAGACAAGGGUCAAUUAACUUGCCUCGUACGAUUAGUCAGAAAAGGGUUGAUGAUGUCUGGAAGGAGCUGAUGAGGGAGGAGGAUGAGACUGGAGCGAGUGGAGUUCCUCAGAGGCAACAGACCUUGGGAGAGAUGACUUUGGAGGAGUUCUUGCUCAAGGCGGGUGUGGUCAGGGAAGAACCUCAGCAAGGUCAGGUGGAGAGGAUUGAUAACUUCGAUGCUGGGUUCUAUGGGUUUGGCAGUAAUGCAGGUCUGGAUUCAGCUCCUAAUGGGUUUGGUCCUAACCAGCCUUGUGGAGCCACAGUGAGACCCAAUCUGCUGACAACUCAAACUCUGCAGCCACAGAAGGUGCAGCAGCCGCAACAACUGAUACAGAAGCAGGAGAGACCUUUUCCCAAACAGACCACUGUGGCGUUUUCUAACACUGUUGGUUUGGACAACCGUUCUCAACCUCCAACACAGGAAGUGAAGCCUUCAAUUCUUGGAGUUAGGGACAGGCCUAUGAACAAUAAUCUUCUCCAAGCUGUUGAUUUUAAAACAGGAGUUACGGUUCCAGCAGUGUCUCCUGGAAGCCAGAUGUCACCUAAUCUGACUCCAAAGAGUAACAUGGAUGCAUCUCUGUUACCUGUUCCUUACAUGUUUGGCCGCGGAAGAAAAACAGGCGCAGUCCUGGAGAAAGUGAUUGAGAGGAGGCAAAAAAGGAUGAUUAAGAAUAGGGAAUCAGCUGCAAGAUCCCGCGCUCGCAAGCAAGCUUAUACGUUGGAGUUGGAGGCAGAAGUUGCACAGCUGAAAGAGCUGAAUGAAGAGUUGCAUAGGAAACAAGUGUGCCUCGCUUCUUCCUAUCUUGAGACUUUUCAAUUGGGAUGUAUUUUUAUAUUUUUUUGCUGUUCUGACCAAUUGAUCAAAUGUUUCAUGCAGGUUGAAAUCAUGGAAAAGCAGAAAAAACAGCUUCUGGAGCCAAUGCGCCAGCCAUUGGGGUGCAAAAGGCAAUGCCUGCGACGGACAUCGACAGGUCCUUGGUAGAGAGCUUAUCGCCGAAGGAACUCAACAAAGAGCCGAAGUUAUAGAACACAGAAUAAUAGAAGCUAGCUUUGUAUGUAACUUAGGCCUAUGUAACAGAGAUUGAUGAACAACACUCUUUUGUUCUGUUUUCUUGUAGCAUCUUUUGUUUUUUUUUUGUUUUUCAAAUCUUCCUGAUGUAAUGGAUCUUCAUGUUGCUUUAUAGGACGUGUCAAUGUCCAACAUCUUUGUGACUUAACUAGAGUGGAUUUAUGCUUGUAA